UACCAGCGAUGGACUUGGAAAUAGUAAAGAUGGUUUCCAUCCAAUUCAUCAACGAUUUGCUGGAUUCCAUGCUUCUCAAUGUGGAUAUUGCACACCUGGAAUGUGUAUGUCAUUUUUUGCAGCACUUACGCAAGCUGAAAAAGCAAACAGGCCAGAACCUCCACCAGGAUUUUCCAAGCUGACUGUUGUUGAGGCUGAAAAGGCCAUAGCUGGAAAUCUCUGUCGCUGUACUGGAUAUCGACCCAUUGCUGAUGCCUGCAAAAGUUUUGCUGCUGAUGUUGAUUUGGAGGAUUUGGGACUGAAUUCCUUUUGGAGAAAAGGAGAGCCAAAGGAAGUUAAAUUAAGGAGAUUGCCUUUGUAUACUCCCGAUGGUAGGUUCAGUAGAUUUCCAGAAUUUUUGAGACUCAGGUUAAAGUCAGCAAAGAUCUUGCACUUAGAAAGCAAGUCCUGGUAUAGUCCUACUACUCUUGAGGAGCUUAAAAGCUUUUUGGACUCUAACAUGAUUGAGGAUGAUAUGCGGACUAGGCUAGUAGUUGGUAACACUGGGAUGGGUUACUAUAAGGAACUAGAUAACUACGAUAGAUACAUUGAUCUCAAAUAUGUACCUGAGCUUUCAACGAUAAGAAAAAACCACCAGGGAAUUGAAAUUGGGGCUGCUAUGACAAUCUCCAAAGUUAUAUCAUGUCUGAAGGAGGAAGGUAACGUAAAUUAUUCCUCUGAUAGAAAGCAGGUCCUUGAAAAACUGGCUGGCCAUAUGGAAAAAAUUGCUUCAGGGUUCAUUAGAAAUUCCGCCAGUAUUGGUGGGAAUUUAGUAAUGGCACAAAGGAAAAGUUUUCCUUCAGAUAUAGCUACUAUACUUCUUGCUGUAGGUUCUGUUGUUAGCAUAACAACCGGCCACAAGCUUGAAAGCCUUACAUUGGAAGAAUUUUUGGCAAGACCACCUAUGGACUCGAGAAGUGUGCUGCUCAGUGUCCAUAUUCCUUCUUUAAAGCCAAAAGGAAGUGGUAACAGCAACGAAUCUAGUUCCAAGUUGAUUUUUGAGACCUACCGUGCUGCACCACGACCCCUGGGAAAUGCUUUGCCUUAUUUGAAUGCUGCAUUCCUGGCUGAUGUGUUACCUCAAGUAAAUGGACUUAUAGUAAAUGAUAUCCAAUUGGCUUUUGGUGUUUAUGGGACUAAACAUGCAACACGAGCAAGAAAGGUUGAGGAAUACCUUUCAGGGAAGAUACUAACUGCUAGUGUUCUAUAUGAAGCAGUAAAAUUAGUUAAAGUAGCCGUAAUACCUGAAGCUGGCACUUCACAUGCUGCUUACAGGACGAGCUUGGCUGUUAGUUUUCUUUUCCAGUUUCUUUUUCCAUUUGUCAAUGUAGGUUCUGCUAUUUUUGGUGGUGAUUCUUCUGAAAACCAUAAAAAUAAUUCUCUGCGUCAAUGGGCUAGUCCAAAAUUGUUGUCCUCUGCUAAGCAGGAGGUGAAAUCAAGUAAGGAAUACUAUCCAGUAGGAGAACCAAUGACAAAGUCUGGUGCUGCCCUCCAAGCUUCAGGAGAAGCUGUGUAUGUUGAUGACAUUCCAUCACCUCCAAAUUGUCUGUAUGGAGCAUUUAUUUACAGUACAAAACCUUUAGCGAAGGUAAAAGGUGUGGAAUUGGAAUCAAACAAUCUACAAAGUGGAGUUGCUGCUCUCAUAUCUUAUAAAGAUAUUCCAGAAGGCGGGGAAAAUGUAGGAUCCAUGACAACGCUUGGUUUUGAACCUUUAUUUGCUGAUGAACUUACCAGGUGUGCCGGAGAGCCAAUUGCAUUUGUGGUAGCAGAAACGCAAAAGUCUGCCGAUCUUGCAGCAAAAUCAGCUCUGGUCGAGUAUGACACUGAAAAUUUGGAUCCACCAAUUUUAACUGUUGAAGAAGCCGUGGAGAGGUCAAGUUUUUUUGAGGUCCCUUCUUUCUUGUAUCCAACACAGGUUGGUAAUUUCUCCAAAGGAAUGGCUGAGGCUGAUCAUCAGAUUCUUUCUGCUGAGGUCAAACUUGGGUCUCAAUACUAUUUUUAUAUGGAGACACAAACCGCACUAGCUGUGCCAGAUGAAGACAAUUGCAUAUUAGUUUAUAGUUCAACUCAGUCCGCAGAGCAUAUGCACCAUACAAUCGGAAAAUGCCUUGGCAUUCCCGAUCAUAAUGUCCGUGUAGUUACAAGAAGGGUUGGGGGAGCCUUUGGGGGCAAGUUAAUGAGAUCAAUGCCUGAUGCUACAGCAUGUGCACUUGUAGCACAUAAAUUACGCCGCCCUGUCAGGACAUAUCUCAAUAGGAAGACUGACAUGAUAAUGAUUGGUGGAAGACAUCCCAUGAAAAUAACUUACAAUGUCGGAUUCAAAUCAAAUGGAAAGGUCACAGCUUUGCACCUUGACAUACUGAUUAAUGCUGGGUUAUCUGCAGACAUUAGUCCCGUCACGCCGCUUACCUUGAUUGGUACCCUUAAAAAGUAUAAUUGGGGUGCUUUCUCAUUUGACAUAAAAGUUUGCAAGACAAACCAUUCUACCAAAUCUACAAUGAGAGCCCCUGGGGAGGUUCAAGGAUCUUAUAUAGCUGAUGCUAUAAUGGAACAAAUUGCAUCAGCGCUUUCUAUGGAGGUAGAUUCUGUUAGAAAAAUAAAUCUUCAUACAUUUGAAAGCCUUAAGGUGUUCUAUGGGGAGGCUGCAGGUGAAGCACUAGAGUAUACUUUGACUGACAUGUGGGAAAAAUUGGGUGCAUCUUCAUGCUUAGUCCAGAGAAAAGAAAUGAUAGAGCAGUUUAAUCGGGUCAAUACAUGGAGAAAAAGAGGUGUAUCACGGGUUCCAAUUGUCUAUGAAGUGACAGUAAUACCAACUGCUGGCAAAGUUAGCAUCCUUCGGGAUGCAUCUAUUGUUGUAGAAGUAGGAGGAAUAGAAAUAGGCCAGGGUCUCUGGACUAAGGUAAAACAGAUAACUGCAUAUGCUCUCAGUUCAAUUGGAUGCAAUGGGACAGAGAACCUAGCGGAAAAGGUGCGAGUUGUACAGGCAGACACCAUAAGCUUAGUGCAAGGGGGUUAUACUGGUGGAAGCACGAAAUCUGAAUCAAGCUGUGAGGCAGUCAGAUUAUGCUGCAAUAUCUUAGUUGAACGACUAGCCCCGCUCAAAAGUAAGUUGCAGGAGCAAAUGGGUUCUAUUAACUGGGAUGUUCUGAUACUUCACGCAUAUUCUCAAUCUUUAAACUUGGCUGCACAUUCUUACUAUGUGCCUACGUCCAAUUUCGUGCGUUACCUGAACUACGGUGCUGCGGUUGGCGAGUGCACCAUUUUGAUUGAGCAAGGGACUCUUACAUUGGAGAAAUCAUGGAGUAGUUGUCUGCUGUGUGGCCUUAUAAUGGAUGAUAUUAUAUAUGAUUGUGGACAAAGCUUGAACCCUGCAGUGGAUUUGGGACAGAUUGAAGGAGCUUUUGUUCAAGGAGUUGGAUUCUUUAUGCUCGAAGAGUUCCAUAUCAACGCAGAUGGAUUGGCAAUUUCAGAUGGCACAUGGACAUACAAGAUCCCUGCAAUUGAUAACAUACCGAUGCAGUUGAAUGUUGAAGUGGUAAAUAGUGGACAUCACGACAAGCGUGUUCUAUCAUCUAAAGCCUCUGGAGAACCGCCAUUAGUUCUUGCAGCCUCAGUACAUUGUGCAACGAGGGCAGCAAUUAAAGAAGCCAGGAAACAGCUAAAUGCUCGGAGCAGACUUGAUGGACCUGAUCCAGCAUUCGAGUUGGAUGUCCCAGCAAUUAUGCCUGUUGUGAAGAAUGCCUGUGGCUGUUGAAAGGUACUUGGAAAGCUUGCUUCAUUGAUUUGAUCAUCCACAGGCAUUUAAUCUUACUGUAUAUAAGUUGUAACAAUCUUAGUUAUAGUUGUGUAUGGAAUUAUACAUGUUACACUCCUUGAAUG